AUGGAUCCCCGGAUCGUUCCGUUUCCUUUCCUUCUGAAGAUCCGUCGAUCCCUUGUGGAAGUUGGGCCUCGCCAUGGUCGUCAGCCACACACGCAACUUUUUGCCUUUCGGAAGGCAAACGUCAUUCAUCCCUUUCCGGCGCCAUUCGCCACGUCUUGCACGUCUCGCUCUCCAGCUGAUGCUGGUCGAUAUCACAUGGACAUAUACCCUAGGCAAGGAGUGUCGAGUACAAUGCACACGACAAUGGCGUUCAAGAGGGCGUCUGGGUGCACAACGCCAUCCCCAGACGGCACAGCAACUUCGACCAACAGCGCUCGCGUUCCAACAGCACCACCAGCCAGUCCACACUAA